ACAGCAUCGAGGAUCUUCGAAAAGGACUCCACGAGAUCAGUACUGACAUUUGUGAACGGUUAUCCGGGCAUAUCUUGACGGGUACAACACGAGAUGAUGUCCCUUUGUACGACACACGUCUUGUUAUACGUACGGUUGAAAAACCUUGGGCGGGGGAUCUCUCUGAGGAAGAAAUUGAGGACUGUUAACUUCGUCGCGCCAUACUUCGGAAAAGGGACCUUGGAUACAGUUAUACAGAAAGAAAGAGAAACGGAAAAACCGCAAACGUUACAAUGGAAGAAUAAGUUACGAAUACUUUACCAAAUAUGCCGGGCCAUUGAAUAUCUUCAUCAGCCACCAAAAUGUGAAAGAAAACCUGUUUCCCACGGCAACAUUUGCAUGCAAAACGUUCUAUUGGAUGAGCAGAAUAAUGCCCGAUUGUUAUUUUUAUCACCCAAAUCGGUCGAAGGAGGAGUUGAGGAGGAACAGUUUCAAAAGGACAAAAACAAAGAUGUUCAAGCCUUCAAAGAAAUGGUACAGGAAGCCCUUCAACAAAAUAGGAAGAAAGCCGCAUCAGAUGUUCUUGCACAUAUACAAAGGGCUGAUACGAUGACAGACUUAAAAAAAGAAUUGCAGUCGGGUCUUAGAGGAGAGGAUAUCAACUGGUGGACACCAUCGCAAGACGAUGGAAAAAAGGAGGAAAUGUGUGAGAUUUGCUGCGUAAACAAGCCUGAGAAGACUUUCGCCAAGCUAACACAUGAUCGAUUCUGUGUUUCCAAAAUACAUAUAUGCGUUGGUUGUUUGUGGAACUGGCGAUACAAUCCAGUCAAGUGCCACUCGUGUGAUGAAGACAAAAUACGGUCCCCGGUCGGUGAUCGUUGGGGUGCCAUUUUCAUAGCGGGCACAGAUAAGAAGGAGGACAUAACAAAACGUUUUGAAGACGAUAUAGAAAAGCUGAAAGAUAGAGUCAUUACAAAAGCAAUUUUGAUGGGUGUAAAGGACAAUGUAUUCACAGUGAAGAAAUCUACUACAACGUACGGUGAACAAUUGGAGAAAGCGUUCAGCAAGAUUGAUACUCCAUAGAUCACCACCAUCGUAUUAGUUUAUUCGGGUCAUCAUGGGGAUAAAGGAUUUCAAUUAGACGCCCAUACGCUGAAAGACAGUGAGCUUGAACAGAAAUUCAAUUGUCUUAAACAUGUGACAAAAGUAAUUGUAUUUCUAGAUUGCUGUCAUCCAAAGAUGCUUAAUCUGGGCAAAAAAGCGGUAUUACAGUUUAAUGCCGUAACAAGCAAACAAAAAGCUAUCUGUGGCCCAACAGGUAGCCAGUUUGUAAAUGACAUUGUCAAAGUAUUGACAA